CUCUUUUCUUAUGCAUGUGAACCUAUUUGGCUAUUUCCCUUUCUCAUACCCAUGCUCUAAUCCGAUUUAUACACAUUUACACUUCGAUUUGUCUUCCUUCUCUCGUAAACAUGCCAGUUCUUGAGUUUGAAUCCAAUAUUUCUAGUGUCUCAUCAAGCAGUCCAAGAGUACCUCAAGUUAACACAAGAAUGGAUAACUCCACCGUUCAUGCUGAACCACCGGUGUCAACUACAAACAUGGACCCAACCUUGGAAUCUGGAGUCGCAAAUCAAACUCAAUCACCACCUUCACAACUACCUUUUUUACGCGAAUCUUUACGUCCAAUUACUCUCAAGUUUGAAGAUUUGGUUUACACUAUUAAGUUGCAAUCUGGAGACGACCAUUGUUUUAGUUCAUCUGAAUCAAAAAGAACCCGGAUUCUUCUGAAUGGAGUCAGUGGCGUAGUCAGACCAGGGGAAUUACUAGCGAUGUUAGGCCCAUCCGGCAGUGGAAAAACCACCUUACUAACCGCCCUUGGAGGUAGACUACCUGGAAAGACGUCAGGCAGCAUAACUUACAACGGCCAAUCCUUCUCAAGCUCUGUGAAAAGAAAAAUUGGUUUCGUGACACAAGAUGACGUGUUAUACCCACACUUAACUGUUUUAGAAACUUUAACCUACGCUGCCAUGUUGAGGUUGCCCAAGAGUUUGACCAUAGAAGAGAAAGUAGAGCAAGCUGAGCUAAUCAUAAUCGAACUUGGUCUAACAAGGUGUCGCAAUAGCAUCGUGGGAGGGCCACUUAUACGAGGUGUUUCUGGUGGGGAGAGAAAACGGGUUAGUAUUGGACAAGAGAUGCUGGUGAACCCGAGUCUCCUGCUUCUUGAUGAGCCCACUUCAGGGCUCGACUCCACCACAGCUUUAAGGAUCAUGGCUACAUUGAAAGGACUAGCUCGAGGAGGAAGGAGUGUGGUAACAACGAUUCAUCAGCCAUCAAGUAGAUUGUAUUGGAUGUUUGAUAAGGUUGUUGUGUUAUCUGAAGGGUGCCCGAUUUACAGUGGGCAAACUUGCGGGGUUAUGGAGUACCUUGCUUCCAUUGGAUAUGUGCCCGGGUUUAGUUUGAUGAACCCGGCUGAUUUUCUGCUUGAUCUUGCCAAUGGUGUUGCACCUAGUACAAACCCAGAUGAUCAUAGACAAUAUAAUCAAGGAAAAGCAGAUUCCCAUGAAGAUCGCAACUCAAUUAAGCAAUCUCUAAUAUCAUCAUACAAGAAAACCCUUCACCAUCUUAUCAAAGACGACAUCCAUAGAAAUAUCCAUGACGCAACUCGUGCUCAUAGAGGACCACAAUCUUCGAGAUGUUGUGACAACAGAUGGACCACAAGUUGGUGGACACAAUUUAAAGUUUUGUUCAAAAGAGGUCUUAGAGAGAGGAAGCACGAAUCGUACUCUGGUUUACGAAUCUUCCAAGUGAUGUCUGUCUCAAUCUUAUCGGGUCUUUUAUGGUGGCACUCCGAUACAUCACACUUGCAAGAUCAGGUGGGACUUCUCUUCUUCUUUUCAAUAUUUUGGGGCUUUUACCCUCUAUCCAAUGCCAUAUUUACGUUCCCUCAAGAGCGACCAAUGCUAAUAAGAGAACGCUCUUCUUCAAUGUAUCGCCUCUCCUCAUAUUACUUUGCUAGAAUGGCAGGCGACUUGCCAAUGGAACUUGUUCUACCAACCAUCUUUGUAACCAUUUCAUAUUGGAUGGGUGGUCUUAAGCCUUCACUCAUCACAUUCGUGCUAACAGUUCUAAUCAUUCUUUUCAAUGUGCUCGUUUCACAAGGACUUGGACUAGCCCUGGGAGCCAUACUUAUGGACCUAAAACAAGCAACCACCUUGUCAUCCGUGAUCAUGCUUGUGUUUUUACUAGCAGGUGGUUAUUAUAUUCAACAAAUUCCACCAUUCAUCAGUUGGUUGAAAUACAUCUCGUUUAGCCAUUAUUGUUAUAAACUUCUAGUGGAAGUACAGUAUAGCGAAAAUGAGGUUUAUGAGUGUGGAAUGGGCACUCACUGUAGGGUAUUAGAUUUUCCGGGUAUCAAAUAUCUUGGUAUGGGUCACUUGUGGUGGGAUGUCGCUGCUUUGGGUGUAAUGUUGGUGGGGUACAGGAUUGUGGCUUAUGUAGCAUUGAGGAUGAGUAAAUCUCACUAAAUGACCUUGAAUUCUACCUCUUCAUGUGUCAAAUAAAUCCGCAAAGUAACUAAGAGAAAAAGCAUUUAUAAAUUUAGAGGGAUUUAUGCAAAAGUUAGAAAUAGUUGAC